AUGGUUUCUAACAUAAAGCUGUCAGCCAAGGAAGGAAUACCACUUGAAGAUGCUGCACGAUACAGAAGCAUCGUAGGUGCUCUGCAGUACAUCGUGAUCACUCGACCUGAUGUGGCAUUUGCUGUGAACAGGGUGUGUCAAUUUAUGCAAGCCCCACUGGAUGUUCAUUUUAUGGCAGUCAAGCGAAUACUUCGCUACCUACAAGGCACCAUUGAUUUUGGACUGCGUUUUACACCCUCCUCGAGAAUGGCUCUGACUGGUUUUGCAGAUGCCAAUUGGGGUUCGGAUGUUGAUGAUAGACGAUCAACCUCAGGGUUCUGUAUAUAUUUUUGUGGGAACUUGGUCUCGUGGAGCUCUAGAAAGCAACAGGUUGUUGCACGUUCAACUGCUGAGGCUGAAUACAGGAGUGUGGCUUGUGCAGCUGCUGAGAUGGUGUGGCUUCAAUCUUUGUUGGGGGAAUUGCAUGUAGUUUCACAUGGCAAGGCCAUAUUGUGGUGUGAUAAUACAAGUGCAGUUGCUGUAUGUGCUAAUCCUGUACUGCAUUCCAAGUUCAAACAUGUUGAGCUGGACUUGUUUUUUGUUCGAGAAAUGGUGGCUAUGGGACAGCUACAAGUGCAUGAAGUUCCUGCAGUUGAGCAGGUUGCUGAUGUGCUGACCAAGCCUUUAUCAGCCCCUUGGUUUCUCAAACACAGACAAAGGUUGCUGGUGGUGCAACUUAAGAGCAGAUCAGAUUGA